GUGGCAACGCCGCUGUGUGGCACAUUGCGCCGGCAAUUUACAUACAGCAGUUUGUUUUUAUUAUUUUUAGAAGAUUUUACUAGUUUCCUAACUGUUUUCAAUGGCGGCUUUGUGCUUGGACUUUCUGGGCUUCCAGGAAGCGCUGAAGAAGAUGCGAGAUGUGGACGACAAGAUUAUAUAUGCAUUGAAUAAUGCCCUGCCCACGGAGUCGUUCAAGGGUCAGGGUCAGGUGAACACCGAGGGCACCUGUCGCGAUCUGUACUCGAAACUCCAGCAGUCGCACCUGUCCAGGCAAGAUAGCAUACGCAGUUGCAUAACCAUAUCGGCCAACAAUCUGAAGCAGCUAAGGGAAAAGCGAGAGGCUCAGCCAGAUGAUGUGGAUAUUGAUAGCCAGUUCAAAGCCGAGCAGCGCAAGCUGCGUGUUCUUCAGGCCGAGCUGAAUGUGGAGGACAUUAUCAAGGAGCGCACCUACAAGACCUUCAAUGAGCGAUGCCGAUCCUAUUUCCAUGCUGGCCAGUAGGCCCUUAAACAUGCAAUAACUAGUUUUAGAUGGAUUUAUUAGUGGUAGACUAAUGGAACUGCCCAACCAGGAGGCAUUUACAUGCACUUGGCUGUAUACUGAGUUAUUUACAACAAGUACAUAAGACUUCACUAUUAA